AUGUCAAUGAAUAAUUAUGAAUGGCAAAGAAUAGAAUGUGAAGAAGAAUUAAAGCAUUUUAUUGAUUUACGACAACGUUUUCGUCAAUAUUUAAAAGAGAAUAACAAUACUAUAUGGUAUUCUGUUGCACAAAAUUAUUUUCAAAGAGAUUUAGAAUUACUUAAUGUCUCAUUAAUUGAAUGUAUAUGUGAUCUUAUUCAUAUCAAUAAAUUAUUAACAAAUGAAACACAUAAUGAUUUUUUUCUUGAAUUAAAAUGUGAAAAAGUUUAUACUAAUAAUAAUAAUGAUAAAUUAGAUCAAUCAAUAAAAAAAAUCUAUUUCAGUCGUCGUUAUCGAGCUUUAAUCAAUAGUCGUGAAAUCUUACUUGAUGAUUUAAGUAAAUCAAUCAAUGAUGAUUUUGAUAAUCGUAUGCUUAAAAUGCGUGCUAUAUGUGUACUUGAUGAAGAAUUAAUUCAUAUUCAACAAGAAUUAUUAUCGAAAUCAUAUGAAGAACAAGCAUCUAUUCGUUUACAUCAAAUUCGUGCAAUGAUAAAUGUGUUUUUUAAACAAACAUCUUCAAUAUCGUUCAACGAUAAAUCAUCAAUGAUUUCAUUAAUUCAAUCUUGUGAUUCAUUUCUAUCAACAUUUCGUUUAUUAUUAUCUAAUACAACAUCUGAUAUAAGUCAAAUUUCUUCAUCAGAUAUUUAA